GACCAUCUCCAAUCCAAAACAUCAAAACACACAGCCUCGAUCGAUCAACGCAAGCAAGCAGCAUCUAGCUAGCGUGCUCCAGAUUAAAGCCAUCCCCAUCCAACACAAGAUUGAAAAGCCUCUUGCUUGUUUCUUCACCAGCAAUCUGUCAGAUGGCGGCGAGGGCGAGAUUUAGCAUCCUCCUGGCAAUGGCGGCCGUGGCGGCGUCGCUGGCGGCUUCGGCGAAUGCGCAGUCCGGGUGCACGGCGGCGCUGGUGGGGCUGUACCCGUGCAUGGACUACAUCAGCGGCAACGGCACGGCGCCGACGGACUCGUGCUGCUCGCAACUGGCGUCCGUGACCAAGUCCCAGCCGCAGUGCCUCUGCGCGGCGCUCGGCGGCGACUCCUCCUCCGUCGGCGGCAUGACCAUCAACAAGACCCGCGCGCUCGAGCUCCCCAAGGAGUGCAAAGUCCAGACCCCUCCCGCCAGCCGGUGCAGCGGCAGCGGUGGUGGUGGCAGUACUGCAGCUCCGGCCGGGGGCUCGGCGACGCCGGCGGGAUCGGGAUCGAAGACGACGCCGGCGGGGUACCUGCAGGGGAACGGCGGCUCGUCGCUCCACGGACCGGCGGCUCUGGUGCUGGCGCUCGCGACGGCUGCGCUUUACGCGGUGACGGCCGUUUGACCGUUUCGGGUGCUCGGCUGAAGCGCUGGCGAUUGAGAGAUUGUGUUUUCCUUUUUGUGUGUGUGUGGUUGUUUCGCAUUGGGUUUAUUUUUAGCAUUGGGCAUUGGUGACGAGGAUUAUUGUUUGUCGGUGUCGUGUUUCACAUAUGAAUACUACGGCUGUUCACUUGUUUUGUUGUUUCUACUUGAUAAUCUAUCGUGUCA